CGCAGAUCCCGUGGGAUGUGACGUAAGCAGAGGGAGAUCUCGCGGGUUCCGGCGGGAGGACAAGUUCAGGAAACAUGGCCACGUCUCAUCUGUUACGGGUGAUGUGUCCAUGGCUGCUGUUCUGUUUCUCCCUCCUUUAUGAAGCCAGCGCGUUCUAUGUCCCAGGUGUGGCACCAAUGAAUUUCCGCCAAAAUGACCCUGUAGAAAUAAAGGCUGUGAAGCUGACCAGCUCCCGGACUCAGCUGCCUUAUGAAUAUUACUCUCUGCCAUUCUGCAGACCACUGAAGGUCACUUACAAAGCGGAAAAUCUGGGUGAAGUCUUGAGGGGCGACCGAAUCGUUAACACCCCUUUCAAGGUGUCAAUGAACAAUAACAAGAAAUGUGAGAUUUUGUGCAACACUCCCAGCAGCCCCCUGGUGCUUAAUGCGGAAGAGAGCAAACUGAUUGCAGAGCGCAUACAGGAGGACUACUACGUGCACUUAAUAGCAGACAAUCUACCCGUGGCCACCAGGCUGGACAUUCAUCUUGGCCAUGAUGAGGACGAUAAGAAGAAGGAGCGAGAUGUUCAGUUUGAGCAUGGCUAUAGACUGGGAUUCACUGACAACAACAAGUUUUAUAUCCACAAUCACUUGUCGUUCUAUUUGUACUUCCAUCGGGAAGAGGUGGAGGAAAACCAAGAGCCAACAUUUAGGGUGGUGAGGUUCGAGGUCGUCCCUCAGAGCAUCAAAAUGGAAGAUCUGAAAGGAACGCAGGAAGGAAGCUGCACUGUCCCAGAAGGCUCCAAUUCCGCCCCCCAGGAGAUCGAACCUUCCAAGGAGAACAAGCUGCUGUUUACAUACUCCGUGCGCUGGCAGGAGAGCGACAUUAAGUGGGCCUCCCGCUGGGACACAUACCUGACCAUGAGCGACGUGCAGAUUCACUGGUUCUCCAUCAUCAACUCUGUGGUCGUCGUCUUCUUCCUGUCAGGUAUUCUGAGCAUGAUCAUCAUCCGAACCUUGAGGAAGGAUAUCGCAAACUACAACAAGGAGGAUGAUAUUGAAGACACGAUGGAGGAGUCUGGCUGGAAGCUGGUGCAUGGUGACGUCUUCAGGCCUCCUCAGUAUCCCAUGAUCCUUAGCUCACUGCUAGGGUCUGGGAUUCAGCUCUUCUGCAUGGUCCUGAUUGUGAUCUUUGUGGCCAUGCUGGGAAUGUUGUCUCCAUCAAGCCGGGGAGCCCUGAUGACCACUGCCUGCUUCCUCUUCAUGUUCAUGGGGGUCUUCGGAGGAUUCUUCGCCGGCCGCUUGUACCGUACUCUAAAGGGUCAUAGGUGGCGCAAAGGAGCUUUCUGUACGGCAACUCUGUACCCAGGAGUGGUGUUUGGCAUCUGCUUCGUGCUGAACUGCUUCAUCUGGGGCAAGCAUUCCUCUGGAGCGGUCCCCUUCCCAACCAUGCUGGCUUUACUGUGUAUGUGGUUUGGCAUCUCGCUCCCGCUUGUCUACCUCGGAUAUUACUUUGGUUUCCGUAAGCAGCCAUAUGACAACCCUGUCCGAACCAACCAAAUCCCCAGGCAGAUUCCAGAGCAGCGCUGGUAUAUGAAGAGGUUUGUGGGAAUCUUGAUGGCCGGAAUAUUGCCAUUUGGAGCCAUGUUCAUUGAGCUGUUCUUCAUUUUCAGCGCCAUCUGGGAGAAUCAGUUUUAUUACUUGUUUGGCUUCCUGUUCCUGGUAUUCAUCAUCCUCGUGGUGUCCUGCUCCCAGAUCAGUAUCGUCAUGGUCUAUUUCCAGCUGUGUGCUGAGGAUUACCGCUGGUGGUGGAGAACGUUCCUGGUUUCUGGAGGAUCUGCUUUCUACGUUCUGAUUUAUGCCGUCUUCUAUUUUGUGAAUAAGUUGGAUAUUGUGGAGUUCAUCCCUUCCCUCCUGUAUUUCGGUUACACUACCCUCAUGGUCCUCUCUUUCUGGCUCCUCACUGGGACCAUCGGCUUCUAUGCUGCCUACAUGUUCAUCCGGAAGAUCUACGCAGCGGUGAAAAUAGACUGAUUCUGAGCUCCUCUGCAGCACUUCCAGCACAAGGCAGAGCCGGUCUCCUCCGCCAAGACGCCUCCAUCAAGGGGACAGUAACUAAUAAAAAAUAAUAAUCAACAGCCACCUUCAUCAUCUUCCUCAUGAUCCAGAAUGUAUUGUUUGGUACUGUGUCCAUGGAUGGGCUGAGGAGUUGUAUCCUAUAACUGCAUUUUAACCUUUUUGGUUUUCCAUUUUCCAGUGCGGGUUUUUACUUUUUAGCCAGAUCAUUCCAGUCUUUACCGUUCUGUCCACUUUCUUUUCUGUUUUUUAAAAAAAAACAAAUGAUUAUUCCUGCGUGUUAUUGAUCAGUGGGGACAAGGUGCAGGCGAUGAAGGCACUUGGACUUUGUGAUUGGGUGUCUAUGAAGGAGGGGAACUAACUGGAACAACUGGACUGUCCACUAGGCACAGUGAGACUUCUGCGGUUCUCCUGGUGGAUACCAUCAUAGAUGCCAGCUGAGGGUUGAAUCUUUGCCAAGAACUGAAUACAAAAUGAAUUAUGAUUUCUGUAGGGGAGGAGGCGGAUGGUUCCUGUAUUUUUUUUUAUUUGUUCCUUAAAGGGAAAAUAAUCAGUCUAGAUGUAUUCAGCACACACCGCUGACUUAAGGGGGGGGGGGGGGAGGAAAGAAUCUAGUUCAAUGUAAUGAAGAAAGAAACGUUCUGCCACUCUAAGACUUUGUGUUGUAAUUGGUCACGGUUUCAAAAUCUCUUCUUGCUCCCAGCGAAUGGUAGUAUCCUUAUUUUACCCCCUUCCUGACCUAUUGAGUUAAAUGCCUAAGCAGCAUGAAUUUGUCCAUUUUGUCUUAAUAAUUCGGUACAGUGUAUCAGUGCAGGUAAAAUGUCUUACUCUGGAGUCCAGACUGGACACUACUGUGCCAAGUCUUCAGCUGUGAGAGGCAUUCCGUGGCUGUAAACAAUGAAUGUUCUUAUUCACUGACAGCAGGCAGAGAUCUCGACAACGUUGUGGACCUGAAAUGCACGGUAAAUUAAUAAGUUGCAGAACUGUUCGUUUGACAGUGACAAAGUCUUAUUGACAUAACAUAGGAGAACCCUUUCCAAGGUGGAAGUUCCCCGCACACAGAGGCGACAGACCUGCCAGGAUGCCGCUGGGCGUACGGUUCUUAUCCUUCCUGCCAAAACCAGGUUUAUGAUCCUGUAAUCUUCAUGGACUGUAAUUACAGCAGUGUGUUUGCUCCUUUAGUAAUACUCAAGUUCUUGAUGGGAGACGCCACCUAAGUAUAUUGUCUGUGCCUGAAGAUUGGAAUAGUAAGCAGGGGUUCCGUGAGCGGGGACCUCCAGUUUCAAUAGGAAGGAACCGGUGGCAUUUCUAAAUUGCAGACCUCUUCCUCUUAUAUCUAUGGACACAUCCAGAUAUUUUCUCAACCUGUUCCCAUGGGAGUCGGAUGAUACUAGUUUGGCCAAUUGACUCCCCCUUUUGACAUUGUUUGUGUUCGUACGCCACUCUUUCGCCGACAUUUCUGGCCGACUUCGUUUCCAUAUCUGAGAUGUGAUGACCUCACGGUGACUUCAGGCACUCAUGGUGCAGCCACCCCCCUCUUUUCUGUUUGGGUGACAAGCUAACUUUAAAUUAUUUUCCAGUUUUUAAUGAGCAUCCUUCUGAAAUUACUGAUUUUCUUUUUUUUUAUUAACCGUUGUCCCUCUUUAUGUCCUUUUUGUAAAUAAAUGCCCCUUCAGGUGUU